CAUUUUCAUAAACAUUUCCUCACAAAUCCCAAGUUAACUUCCUAGAAAAGGUGAAAAAAGCAAGCUCACAAUGUCGGACAACGAAACGGAUUCCUAUAUGGAGGAGGAGGAGGAAGCAGAGACGGGCUCGGCCAGAACCAGUAUUCCCGUUGUGGGGCCGGUAAGUCCCAAUCCGAAUUUCCAAAUGGGCGAUUAUGCGCCGCUGUUUUCCUCCUCGAUCAGCUCACUGGACGGUGGCAGCCAGGAAUCUUAUUCCGAUUCGGAACUCGAAUUACAACAGGCCCUCGCUGCCGAGUUAGCAGCCGCUGAAGUCCCUCAAUCUCUGGCGGAUUGGCGCUCGACCCUGAGAACAGUGCCGGCAACUACUAAUUUGACCACGCCCCAGGCACGUCGCAUCCUUCCGAUGAGUCGCUCCCCCUCGCCAUCCUCCACCUACUCGGCUUCGCCAUCGACAUCCAUCUCACAGUUGAUUGACCAGAGAUCUGCCAGACUUAGGCGCCUGGAUAUGCUGAAUAGCAUGAUCCAGGAUCUGCAGGAUAGCCUGCCAUCAAUCAGCGAGCGUCGCCAUCGUCGCAAUCGUCGACGCAGAAGUGUUCGCUUCGAGGAGCAUGACCAUGAGACGGAGCAAGUGCCACCGAAUGCCUACGCCGAGGUUAUGCGUCGCGGCAACAGCAUCAGCGAUUGCAGCCAAUGCAGCAGCGCCGAGGAGGAUGGCAUCGCUACUCCCAUAAUUCCCAGCCAUCUGUUGGAGUGGUCAUAUCCAGGGCCUACUAAUUAAUUUAAAUAUUCAUUAAAUUUCCAUAGUUUUUGAUUUUUAAAAUUUAUA